AUGAACCUUGCUAUCAACUCUGAUGUGAAUUCCGCACUGAAAUCUUUUAACAAAUUCAAAGUAUCUAUAGGACAUAGUGGGAAGGUGAUCGAUGCUGUAAAGUUUGAUCUCAUAGGAGAUGAAUGGAAGGUCAUGAAAGUUAUGUCAGAGGAUUUCUCAUUUUCUUUCAUCAAACAAUUUUGUCUCACAGCAUAUUUUCCAAGUUCCAUGCAUUCGUUAAAAAAUGAAUAUGCUGAAAUUUUGCUUGAUAUUGAGGAGCAAUUUUUAUUCAGAAAGUUUCACGUUAGCCCAGACGUUAACUGCAACAAUGUUUAUAACCUACAUGAAAAGAACAUAAGUUACUGCAUGGAUAUUUGCUAUUUAAAUUUAAAUUUUCUUAAUUAA